CCCGAAUUCACCAGCACGUUAAGGAAUUGGGUCGACUGCUGCAGAAACACGCGGGGUGGGUAAUCCCUCUGCAGGUCCCCCGAGUACAUGCGAUGCUUUAGACCAUGCAUUUGCUCGCAGAUAAAGCUAGAUUAGGUGAAGGAAGAUUAGAGUGCUAGCAACGAGUGUUUAGUAGGUACUAGAUGUGUAGUAUUUUGGCUGGGCGAAUAUUUCACACAGGUGUAAGUACAUGUAGCUCCGUGAAAAGAGUACAUGUAUAUUGUAAUGACGAAUUGGCGUGUAUACAUGUAUUUAGGACUGUGUCAAGUCGAAACUGGACAGAGGUCGGGGUGCAAUUCAGCACAAUCUCACAAAAGGUCCGAUUAUCCCUUGAACUAAACGAAGAUUCAGUCUCUGAAGCCGUUCAAUUCUAUAUCGAUUAUAAAACGAUGCACUUGGCGGAGCGUACACGGCUAGACGAAGGGACAGUAUGAAUAGUUUGAGACUAUUUGGCUGAGAAUGCGAGAGGGACGUUUUUGUGGGUGGCUUUAGUAGGUAGAGAAUUAAUGAAGUUGGCAGUGCGCAAGCG